AUGUAUCUCGCAGGCGCCCACCUUGUCCGGUCAUGUUCCACUGAAGGCAUCAACAAACUUAUCUUCGAUGGGUUAUCUACCAUCAGAGGAAAGCUUGUCAACGACACCGAACAGGUGCUCUCUUCUUUGGAUAUAUACCCACCUGAUGAUAGUGCUCUGAGUGACGAAGAAAGGAUUGAUUAUAUACAACAGCACGUUAAUGUAUGUGAAGCCAGGAAGGCAGAAAAGGAGGGUUGGGGGCUGGUCACAGUUAAAGGGAAAGGCUUUGAGGGUGAGAUAUGUUAUGGACCGAAAUCCAUUGGGAAAUCUUUUGAGUUCCUGCCUCCCUGGGGUUGGGAUGGAGAGACAUGGAUGGGUGGUGCCCCUUGCAAUGACUGCAGUAUUCUCAAAAAUGUCUCUUCUAGUAUAGUCAAAGAUGCGGACCAUGAAUUUCAGGAUGCAGUUAUUGAGGUGGUCAAAGGAUUGUGUGGAGUGGGACAUGUGGGUUUUAGGGAAGCUGCCAAUUGGUGUGGGGGUAAACUGGAGAAGGAUAGUGUGGUGGUUGGGACUGUCAUGACACAGAAUGGACCUAUUAGUUUCUGCCAGGGCAAUGUGCAUAAGGAUGGCUUCCUCCUUGGGUGUUGGGAUAUGUGGGGAGGCAGGCGGGUGAUUGGUUAUGGAAAACAUGAGGGGCAGGGAUUGGUGUGUCUGGGGGGGGAUAUGGAGGUUGUUGGAGAAGGUGAGGUUGUCUGUGUGUUGGGGAGGCUCCUCAUGGCCAAAGUCAUUUGGGAGUUCUCCAUUGUCGGCUGGAUUGGGUGUUGUGUGGUUUCAUCAGUCAAGGUGGCUAGCAUUGGGAUUUUGUUUAAUGUGGGGGUAUUCGCAAUUCAUAGAGAUGAGUUGCUUGUUAGAGACCAGUGGUAG